AUGGCUGCAACGGGCGUUUUCCUCGCAAUUGUGGUGAUUGUGCCAGCAAUGAUGAACCUGAUAUGCCUGCUGGUUCUGGCGUCGAAGAUCUGCAAGCGUCGGAGAGAGAGCAGGCAGUUACAAGAGACUGCCACCCUGCCCCAAACCAAAGUGGAUGUAGAGUGCCCCCAAGCCCAGCAAUUCAUCCACCUGAUCGUCCUGCAACCUGACCAGCAGGUUGUCUUCGGGAAAAAAGUGGUUCUAGAACCUUCAGCGCAAGAGCAGCAGGAUCUGGAGACGGCAGAGACUCUGGAAAAGGCAGUGGUACAAGGAAAUGAUGCCAGCUCCUUCACCUUCUGGGUGACUUCCCUGCCACAGCAGCCAGAUGCAGCUGUCAGCGCAGAUCUGUUUUGA